AUGUCUGACGAUGGAUCGAAGCCGCCUUCGGAUGCUGGUGCCGACGCCGCUCCCUCCUCGGGAGCUGACGGAGCCCCAGCCUCUUCUGGUCCUGCUGGAGGCGGCGCCGCUGAGGAGGCGCCAGUUGGAGCUGCCCCAGCCAGCGGAACUGGCGCCACUCCCGGCGACAAGCAGCCCAGUGCUGGCGGGACCGGCGCUGAGGAAGGUGCUGCUGGUGCAAGUGCUGGAGCUGCCAGUGAAGAUCCGCCAGCUGCCUCUGCCACCAAAUCAUCCGCCGCUGCUGGCGAUAAGAAGGUGAAGAGCAGCGAGAAGCCAAAGAGCGGCGAGAAGGCCCCCUCUCGCACUGGCGCCUCCAAGUCGAGCGUCAAGUCGACUGGCAGUGGUCGCAAGCGAGGCGCCGGCGCCACCCUGGAGAACGCCCGCAUCGGCUUUCUGGGCGCCGGCAAGCUGGUGGAGGCGAUUGUGAAGGGCCUGGUGGGGCACGCCAAGGUCGCCCCCGGUCGCAUCUACGUGUCGAGCAAGUCGGGCCGAUCGCUGGACGGCUUCAAGCAGAACGGCUGCGUGGUCACUAAGCGCAACUACGACCUCUUUGCGAAGUUGGACUGCGACGUGGUCUUCGUCGCCGUGCACGGCCACGUCAUCCGCGAGCUGUUCAAGCUGGGCGGCACCCGUCCGGUGGCCCUCACCACCAACUACAUUCCCAACCAGCGCCACCCGCUGUACCUGCUCUCGCUGGUGGGCGGCAUUCCGCUGACCGACCUGAAGCAGACGCUGCUCAACCCCGACCACCCGGACAAGUACAAGCUGGAGGCGCACCGAGUGAUGCUCAAUGCCUCCGUCGCCUACGGCCUCGGCCUGGGCGCCCUCGACAUUGAGCCGGACAGCAAGAAGUGCGCCACCGUGGUGCGCGACGUGCUCACCUCGGUGGCCAAGCUGGAGUACUUCCCAGAGACGACCAUGGACGCUGUCUGCGCCCUGGGCGGCAAUGGUCUUGCCUUCGUGCACUACUUCAUCAGCGCCCUCUCCGACGGCGGCUUCAAGAUGGGCAUGCCGAAGGUGGUCGCCGUGAAGAUGGCCACGAAGACGCUGCAGUCGGCGGCCGCCUGUCUGCUCGAGUCAGGCAAGCAUCCCAGUGACCUGCGUGACGCCUGCACCUCGCCCAGCGGACCGGCCAUCUACGGGCUCCACCUGCUCGAAUCCAAAGACACAGCUUCGGGCCUGGCCGCUGCGGUGGAGGGCGCCUUCAAGCGCGUCCGCGAGCUGGUCGAGAGCAAGUGA